CAUAAUAUAAAUAGUUUGGGGAAUAUAACAGACAAAAUCAUUCUCCUGAACUUUGUUAUUAAAUAUGCGUCAACAAGUUAUUCUACAACUGUUACCAAUUUUGGUCCUGCUGGCAAUUGCAGGGGUUCAAUCAUUCCCCUCAAACAGCAGUGCAGCCAUUAAAGGAACCCGUGCCAUAAACUCCGGCUUCAAAAAGUUCCACAUUGUUACCUACGACCAAAAGAAUUGGCACGAUGCUCUACAAUCAUGCCAUUUGUAUGGGAUGGAGUUCGCCGCCAUUGAAUCAGCGCAAGACAAUUUUGAAGCACUUAGAGUCAUCCAAAGCGCGGGUUUAAGCAAUCAAAAAGUAUGGACAGGCGGAAACGACCUUGCUAUUGAAGGUUUCUUCUCAUGGGUAACCACCGGCACUCCAUUCUCAUUCCAAUAUUGGGCUAAUGGACAACCAGAUAACUUGCAAGACUCACAACACUGCGUGUACUAUAAUCAUCUCUACGGCCGUUUGUGGGACGAUGAAAACUGUAAUCUAAAAUUCUUUUUCCUCUGUGAGAUGCGAUAUUAAUGUUUUAAACAACUGCGAUCUAUACUCGAAAUAUGUUUCCAUAGUAACAGAAAUAGUUGUGAAACCAACAGUAAUAAAAUAAAUAUCAGCAAGCCAUUAGUAAAAA